AAGUAUGAGAUGUCGUGUACAGUAUAAUAUAAUAUGAUGAUAUCCCUUAAUUAUUAAUAUAUAUGUGUAAACUUAUGAUUUACAAUAAUUAACACAUGUUCGCUGAGGAUCGGUUACAUCUAUCGUGGUCUCUGACCGUUGCCAGUGGGGUUCUGAGGGGGUACUGAAGGGAGUUGCGUUGCGUCGGACGUAACAUAUUCAUGUUAUGUAUCGGUGAAUCGUCAGCGUGGUCCGUUGUUCAAGAAGGUAAGAAGCCGCCAGCGCCGUCUUUCGUAUAAAAAAGUAAAUGACACACAAAAUUCUUUAAUUUCAGUGACAAUUGAUUCAGAACCCUUUAUUCCUAUAAUGAAUGUUUUAAUUAUUACUUUUUCUUGUAUAUACCAGUUCAUAAGAUAUUUGAUUCCAAACACACGUACAUACAAGAAGCAGGUACUGCUGCCCGCUGUGUACGGUGUAAACCGAUCGUUUUCAAAACAAGUGAUCACCGGCUUCUCUUUAAAUCUUUCGGGAAGCCUAUCACCUGUGAUAUGCAUCGUUAAUCAAGAUUAUUCCGGCGUGGAGUUUGAACCUACCGAAUGGGCAAUCAUCACCGACCGCUUCCCCGUCAUCGGCAAAUUCUUUACCGCCGAGGAUAACAUCAAGGAGGUACCCGAGGCUUUUAACACUCCUAUUCUCAUGCCCACUCAUGAGCUCGCCUUCACGUACUCUUACGGUGAGCGGGCAAUUAUUAUCAAACCGGCAAUGCCGGUGUCUACGGACAACGAUGGCUUGGGUAUUAAAAGAGCUAGGACAUACACACCUACGGUUUUCAUGAAGAGGGUGUCCUACCUCAAUCUCCAGAGGGUCCUGCGCUGCGUAACCUUUCAAAUAACCAGUCUACGCGAGAUUACCCAUAGUGCUAACAACUGUAAGGACACGCUGAUUGCGGAACUCGACCGUCGCGGAGAUGACACCUCCUCCAGGGACAACAUAUUGGGUGAUCUUCGGUUGGUUCUGGAGAAGAAAGGCCUGUGGUCACCGGCACUUAAUCAAUUAUUGUUGGAGCUGCUGUCCCUGUAUAAUCACGAGUACCUUUCCUUCGUGCGGAGCACCAUGGAGGACCAGAACAGCUAUAAAUAGGGCCUUUUUUUUGUAAUAAAAAAACUGUACGCUUGAUGUUUCUUGCAA